CUCGCCUCCCAACCGGGGUGGCGUCGGCAACGAACGGGAACGACCGCGCGCGUACGUAUCAAUUUUAAGUUCCAUUUUUAAAUUUUGAAUUUCAAAGUUGGAAUUUGUUUUUUUUUAUUAAGUGUUUAGUGCCAGAUACCGGCAAGCAGCGUUUGGCGGGGGCAGCAUGCCGCGCGCCAGCGCUCUCUUGCUGUCGCUAGCGGCGCUCAUGCUCGCGGAGCAGUGUGUCUACGCCUCGUACAUCGACCCUGGUGACGAGGAUAUCGAAAUAACCGGCCCUGAUUACGACGAAGACCCAUCCGAUCUACAACUUCUGCAUGAUGUUGGCAAACGUUCGUCGCUGAUCUACGUUUUCAGGCGUGCGUGCAUCCGGCGCGGCGGUAACUGCGACCACCGCCCCGGCGACUGUUGCCACUCGUCCUCCUGCCGCUGCAACCUGUGGGGGUCCAACUGUCGCUGCCAGCGCAUGGGCCUCUUCCAGAAGUGGGGAUGAUGUGCCCACCACAACCCCCGCUGCGCCAUCGUAAGCGCAGCACCAAAUGACCACCGCGUUGUCACCGGACCCGUUGCGUUAGCUUCUCUUUCAACUUCACUUCCUCAUAUCUUUUUAUAGUAGAAACAUUUUGAAUCGAAAACAGGGACGUAGAUUUUAGUUGGGAGAUAUUUUUGGACCAUUUUACUAAAGAUUAUAGCUUCUACGAUGUUGAUUUCGUUCCGUUCGGUAGAUUCGAUUUGCUGUAUUGUUUCUUUGUUCUUUGUCUGAUUGUUCCGAGCGUCCGCCUACCUGGUUGGGCAAUCACCCAGCCUUAUUGCCCAAUCAGUAUGCUUUGACCCUAAGCUCGACCAAUCAGAAACUAGACACUGCUCCCAGCUGUGGGUUCUAGGCCUUUUGUUUUCUCUUUAUUUCUAUACCCGAACCCAUCGCUUUGAGCAGUCUUAUUCUAUUGCGAUGUAUGUAUGUAGAGUUAAGUAAGCUAAUAGUAGUGAACAGUAGCUAAUUGGUGGUAAACUUAUGUCUAUAGAGUUUAGAAGAUACAGAAUAGAAAAUAUUUAAAUGUAACUUUUAAAAUAUAUGUUCUAGCCAUUUAAGAGACUAACCGUAAAGAAAAACUUGGUGAAAGACGCUAUUAUAAGCCUUUAUGAAAGACAACGCCACUUAUUUGCGAUUGGCAACUUAGUAUAUUAAUACUUAUUAAUGUGUCAAAGUAUAAUUCUUAUAAUAUAAUGAAUAAAACGAAUCUUUAAUGUCUAUGCGUCUCUCGGACAGGGGGUAUAUGGUAUUGCAGCCUAGUAGAAUCAUCUAUAUGUAGUUUCUUAUAUUAUAAUAUUCCCGAAUACGGAAUAUAAUAAAUGUAUUAUUACUAAUAUUACUAAUAUUGGAAUAUGACAAACGAUAUAUUGUAUUAAUAAAUGUUUAUGGACGA